CGGAAGCCUCAGCCGCAUUGUGAGAGCAGCAGAGGGGUCGCAGUGAUGAUGGCGGUGAGGGGCGCAGUGUUGUUCAGACGGGCUGCUGAAGACUGCUGCAAUAAACACUACCUGACCAACAGAUUUACGCUUCAAACACAGCAGAGGUGCGGCUUCCGCAAGGUAGCGAAGAAGGCGGAGCCAAAGAAAGGUCUGACAGAAGAGGCGGGGCAAAAUGAAAUGGUACACAAUAAAGGCAUGGCUCCUCUGCCAGACCCGUCCACUCCACAGAUGCCCGCUAGGUCGUUUGGCAGACUGGUCAAACCAUUCGUCUUCACUAUAGGGUUUACAGGUUGUUCUUUCGGCGGGGCGGCGAUAUGGCAGUACGAAAGUUUAAAAUCUCGCGUGCGUUACUUUGACAAGGUCAGAGCGGACUGGCUGGAGAAGAUACGGCCCCAGAAACAGGGAGACUUUCGCAAACAGGUGAAUCAGUGGUGGAACAGUUUAAGUGAAGGACAGAAAACAGUCACAGGCAUUAUAGCUGCUAAUGUAUUAGUGUUUUGUUGCUGGAGAAUUCCAUCUCUGCAGCGUUCCAUGAUGAAGUACUUCACAUCUAACCCCUCCUCCAAGGCAUUGUGUUGGCCCAUGCUGCUGUCCACGUUCAGUCACUAUUCUUUCUUUCACCUUGCGGCAAACAUGUAUGUGCUGUGGAGUUUCUCAUCAAGCAUUGUCAGCAUGAUGGGCAAAGAGCAGUUCAUGGCCCUUUACCUAUCUGCAGGUGUGAUUUCAACGUUUUUCAGUUACGUGUCUAAAACUGCGAUGGGUCGGCUGGGUCCAUCACUGGGGGCGUCAGGGGCCAUUAUGACUGUCCUCGCGGCUGUUUGCACCAAAAUGCCUGAAGCCAAACUGGCCAUCAUCUUCCUCCCGAUGUACACUUUCACUGCUGGAAACGCUCUUAAGGCCAUCGUUGCCUUGGAUACGACAGGCUUGAUUCUGGGAUGGCGUUUUUUCGAUCACGCGGCUCAUUUAGGUGGUGCUUUAUUCGGCAUCUGGUACAUACUUUACGGUCAUGAGCUAAUUUGGAAGAACAGAGAGCCGCUGGUGAAGUUGUGGCAUGACUUCAGAACGCGAGGACCGGGCACUGGCGGCAACGGCACCAUUUAGAGAAUUGCAUCAUGGGUAGAGACUAAACUCGUGACCUGAGGAGGAGAAGGACUUCUCUUGGACACACACAUUCAUGCAAAUAUUUAAGCACUUGAACCACAUAAUCUGUUGUUGUCAUAAUCCGUGAGUUUGAAUGUGUGUGUGUGUGAGAGAGAGAGAGUUUGUUUGAUAGAGCGAGGUCCGUUUUCAGUCGUCAUACUGUGAUGCCCCGCACCCUUGUUGAAAUACAAACGUAUGAGGGGCGGAGCUUCAGCACACAGCUCAAAGUUCGUUAUAUGACAUGUUGACUCUGACAGUAACAAACGGACCCACUCCACACCGUGCACAGCUUGUCUAAAUGUUUAAAAUAGUUUGUAACUAUUUCAUUUUGAAAAUAAAAUGCUUAUUUAAAAUUCU